AUGUCUGAAAGCAGAAAGAACUCUAGCUUCAAGCGUAAGUACCAUCUGAAAUCCCGCAGCGGCUGCUCAACCUGCAAAAAAAGACGUGUGAAGUGUGAUGAAACAAAACCCCUGUGCAACAACUGUGUGCGUAUGAAGUUGGUUUGCGGAUACAUUGAAAACCAGGAGAAUCAAAACGACCACAAACGACCAAAACUUGAACAGGACCUGUAUUCAUCUGUUCAGGAAACGACACCUACAAAAACACCCAGUCCGACAGCAAAGCACGCAGAACCGCUUCUUCCUUCAAUGGCUGCGACAGCAUUGGGUCUGGGCCUCUUGAACGCUGGUAACUUGAAUAACAUCAACCUCAGCCACUUAGUGAACAACUUGUCUAGCAUGGGUGACCUUAGCAGCUUGGGUGGCUUUGCCAACUUGAGCAACCUAGCAGCGCUUGCGCAACUACCGAUUGAUCUUUCCGCAUUGGGCGCCCUGGGUUUCAGUUUUGGUCAAAACUCAGAAAUGGACUCCGCUGCAUCACCCGAGCUCAGUGGCUCUGCUAGGCCGUCAAGCAAAGCCCCAGAUUUGAGUGGUCUGUCCUUAAACAGCACCAUCAAUGGUAUCAUCAACGGCUCUUUAAAUGGCACACUUAAUGGAAAUGUAGGUGCCACUCUUGGACCAUCAAUUGGCCUCGAUGGUUCUCCAAGGAAGAAAACUGCCCCGGAAAGUGGGCUGUAUCUUCAAGAUCCUCCCAAUAUCCCGAACAACCCCCUGCCUUCAAAUCCUGGAGGUUUGAACAUGCUUGACCUUCGGCUCAUGUACCAUUACACCACACAAGUGUCCAACACUAUCACGGGAGCAGGUAUCUCGGACACGGACAUCUGGAAUCAUGAUGUGCCCAUGCUUGCAUUUGAGUAUCCUUUUCUUAUGCAUGCGGUAUUAGCCUUCAGUGCUACACACUUAUCGCGUACAGAAAAGGGAUUGGACCAGUGUGUCACUUCCCAUCGUGGCGAUGCGCUCCGCCUUUUACGUGAAGCUAUUUUGGACAUCAACAGUGACAAUACUGACGCAUUGGUGGCUAGUGCACUCAUUCUAAUCAUGGACUCUUUGGCAAACGCUUCUGUCCCGUCACUGACAUCACCCAAAUCCCUACCGGCAUCAGCGUGGAUUUUUCAUGUCAAGGGUGCGGCAACAAUCUUGACCGCAGUAUGGCCGUUGACGGAGGCGCUGCGGUUUUACAAGUUUAUCAGUGUGGAUUUAGGUGACUUGGGCGAUAUAAUCAAUGAAAAGAGCCAGUUGUCAAGCGCCAAACCGUCGCUUUUUGCCAAUUUGGAGUGCCACGAUUCGGACAUCGCAGACCUCUACCCAGUGGCCAUCAACUCACCAUACUUGAUUACAUUAGCAUACUUGAACAAACUUCACAAGGAGCGGUACAAGGCAGACUUCAUUCUCCGUAUUUUUGCAUUCCCAGCUUUGCUUGAUAAAGACUUCUUAGGAAUGUUGAUGCUGGGCGACGUCAAAGCCAUGCGUAUUAUGCGCUCCUACUACAAAUUACUACGGUCCUUCACCACAGAGAUGAAAGACAAGGUAUGGUUUUUGGAAGGUGUGUCGCAAGUACUUCCAGUCGAUGUCGAAGAAUACGCAGGUGGUGCCGGAGGUAUGCAUAUGAUGCUCGACUUCUUGGGCGGCGGACCAGCCAUUCUUGAAGAUCAUGAAGUAGACAAGGACCUCUCGAUGAUAGAUCCGGGAGGACAGAUUGCCAACAAACUAAUCGACACGAACAACUUGCCCAGCGAUAUCGCCAACUUGGACAUAAUGCAGGGAGACAAUGGUCUCAUGGGUAUUAAGUAA